AUGGCUAGAAAGAAGUCAGCAAGAAGAAAGGCUCUCGAAGCCCAGGCGAAAGAGCAGGGAGAGUCACCUGCUAAGGUUGAAAACAAGGACAAACUUGGGUUAGAGGAAGAAUCUGAUGAAGAUAUCAACACUCUCAGUAUAAAUCAAGAAUAUGCCAAACGAUUCGAGCACAACAAAUCCAGAGAGGAAAAGCAUAGACAAGAGGAGAAAGAUAAGGCCAAGCUUCUUGAAGACUCGGAAGAAGAUGCUGAGGACUCUUCAGACGAUGAGGAUGAAGAUGAUUUCGGUGAGCUAUUGACUGAAGAUGUCGAUGACGGUAUUCAAAAAGUUUUGGAAACCAUUCGUACAAAUCCCAAGGCCCUAUUGGAUCCAUCGGUUAAAUUUUUUGAUAAUUCCGAGAAUGCUGCCAGUGCCAAUGGUAAUGGUACUUCUAAAGCCAUGUACUUGAAGGAUUAUCACAGACAGAACCUUCUUUCCGGUGGUGUGCACGACGAUGAUGAAGAAAACGACAACGAAGAAAAGCCAUACGCUAUCCAAAACCGUGAAGAUAGAGCUAAACUUUUGGCAGAGAUCAACAAAGACGAUGAGGAUGAAGAAGAUGAUGGUGAUUUCCUCACGAAAAGAAAAGAGCAAAGAACAAUUGAAGCGAUUGAGUUGCCUGAUCCCGAGCAAGAUCAAAAGGGAUUUUUGGAAGCUUACACAUCAAGCAAAGCAUGGAUUCCUUCCGGUAUUGAUAAGAAGACAGGUAAAGAAAUUGUGCCUGCGUACGGUGAUAUUGUUGGCGACGAAGACGACGAAGAAUUCGAUGACAUUGCCGAUGAUUUCGAGACUGCAUAUAAUUUCAGAUACGAGGAUCCAAAUGCUGCUGAAAUUGUGAGUUAUGCUCGUAAUGAAAGCACUCUCCGUCGUAAAGGAGAUAACUCCAGAAAGAGAGCCAGAGAGCAAAAGACCGAGUUGAAGAAACAAGAAGAACAAAGCAAAAAGGCUGAAGUUAAUAAGAUAAAGAAGAAGAAGGUCAACGAGGUACUUUCCAAGUUCGAAAAGCUUAAAGAAGUCAUUGAUGACGAUGAAACUGCGGCACAAUUUGAAAACAUGGAUUUACUAGAAGGUGAUUUUGACGCUUCUGAGUGGGAUAAACGCAUGGAACAAGUCUUCAAUGAAACAUUUUACUCAAAGAAAGACAAGAAUUUCGCUGGUGACGACAAAGCUGAUGAAGAAGACAAAGAUGACGAGACAAAGGAGGAACCAGAUGAGCCCAAGGAAAAUAUCAAGGAGGCUGAGGAUGAAGAGCCCGAGAGACGAUCUCGUAAAGACAAGCAUGAGGCCAAGAAAGAGAAGCAAAAAAUGCGACAAAUUGCUGAACAGUUUGUGGAAGCCAAUCUUGACCUCGCACUAGAACAAGAGAAAAUCGACCUUGUAUCCUCUGGAACCAAAUUUAGAUAUCGGGAAGUUUCUCCAGACUCGUACGGACUCACAGCACGCGACAUUCUGCUUGCUGACGACAAAGAUCUCAACGAGUUUGUCGGAAUCAAGAAGCUGGCACCAUUCAGAGACGAAGAAAAGAAGAAGCACGAUCGCAGAAAAUACGCCAAAAAGCGACGACUCCGCGAAUGGAGAAAAGCCGUCUUCUCGACCGAAGACGAGCCCACCGACGAGCUCUUCGAGAAACUGGUCGCCAGCCAAGACGCUGGCCAACCAAAGAAGAAAAAGCAACGCAAGCGUUAA